UGGUGUUAGUAUAUAUAGGAGCAAGGGAAACCAGACUGACAUUGUUCGGUUACAGCGUGCAGUCUACACUCCAUCAUGCCCAGCAGCAGAAUCUGCGCAGUGUUCAGCUCGCUGCUCCUCCUCGGGGUCGCGUGGACAGGCGGAGAUACUAUUAGAGUCCAGUCAGGUGGGAACCUUCCGCGUGGCGAAGUCGAAGUGCCCGGAAUGGGCGGGCCGCGGCCAAGAUGCGCGUGCGAACAAACGGCCGAAUGGGUGAAACCGGUGAGACGCAUCACUAAGAUCGCGGUGCAGGAGCCAAGCUGGUAUUGCAGCCGGACAGAGAUCAUACUCACUGUGGAAGGGAACAGAGAGGUGUGCCUGGAUCCAGACUCGGAGCAGGGCCAAAAGCUGCAGCACUGCUGGAGGAGCCAUGACAUGAACGUAGCAAAAACCAAGAUGUGCUUAAUGAGGAAGAAGAUGAUCCACUAAGCUGACCACACAAGCCAUCAACGGAACACAGAAUUGUACACAUAAUACAGCAAUAUCCCCUGCAGUACAAUACUCUAGACAUGCUACUGAUACGAUAUGCUUGUUGCACCACACUGAGUCCUGUGUGCAGUUCUGGGGACCACAAUAUAAGAAAGAUAUAGGGGUGCUGGAAAAGGUUCAGAGAAGGGCAACCAGACUGAUUCCAUGUAUAAAAGAUAAAGGUUAUGAGGAUAGACUAAAGACACUGAGCUCAGUAAAAGGAAACUCAGGAGGGGUUUCAUUAUUAAUCCCUUGAAUGAAUUUUAAAAGCCUCAAAGUGAACUAUAGGCGAUUCUUCAGGGUCAGUUCGGGAAGCAGAACUGGAGGAUAAAUUCUGCAGAUACUUGGAUGUUUUUUUUCCCCCGCAGAGAGAGUGGUCACCAUGUGGAAUAGCUUGCCAGGACAUGCACAGGAACACUGGGGGUUUUUUAAGACCAGGCUUGAUACGGUGCUAGAUACUAUAUAGGCUUCAUGUAAACUAAGCAGUACUUACGCGCUAGUGGUAAGAAAAGGUGAGCAUUGCUGGGCUGAAUGGUCUGUUCCUGUCCUUAUGUUAUUUUACUGUUGCCCUUUUAAUAUAAGCUGAAAUUAAACACUGCAUGCACAUGCCAUUUUUGUACCUGUAUUUUAUGCAUACAAAUUAAAACAUCUAAAGCAAA